AUGCAAACUCUCUCUGCCAUGGAAAACCAGCAUUUUGGCAAAGCUCAGCUCUCAUUUAGGUACAAAUCAGCAUUAGAAAUCUCUUUCAAAUUAAAUUACAUCCAAGCCUCAAAUCUGUUAUGUCCUCUAUUAUGUAUAGAGUUAGCCAAUGCAAAAUUCACAUUGUAAUUUAAAUGCGUUAUAUAAUCUAUUAAAAAUAUUGCAAAAUAAUGUACAUUAAAAUUAAAAGGACCUUUCCUAGAGAGUGUCCAUUGCAAGCGGCCCCUUCCACACGACAAUGAGAUGCUCCAAUUGGCAGCAUCUAAAUCUGUUUGGAGAUUUUAUUAAAGGGACACUAUAUAGUCAGGGCCACCAUCGGGGGUGACAACCAUAACGGUUGUCAUGGGCCCAGCGGCCCUGGGGGGCCCUGCCGUCCGGGCCCCACAUAGAACGGCGAAACUGCCACAUGUGCAUCCGCACCGGGGCCCAUCAGGUGGCCCAAGCAUUUAGGGCCACCCGAUAGGCCCUAUAUCUUCAGGGGCCCGGUCAACGCUGUGGCCGUGUAAUAGCGCGACCGGGCCCCUUUAACCCCUUAAGGACCCAUGACGUGUGUCAUUAUUCCCUUUUAUUCCAGAAGUUUGGUCCUUAAGGGGUUAAAAAAAAAAAUUGCGGCUACACUGCAAGUGCUGCUGGGAGGAAGUGACGGCCGGUCACUUCCUCCCAGCUUACUCCGCGCGGUGGGAGAGCAGAGGACACCACUCCCAUCAUCCCCAGCCACCCUCCUGCAACUUAAAGGUAAGAGGAGGGUGGCUGUUAAAUGAAGUGUGUGUAUGGUAUGUGUCUGCAUGUAUGUAUGUGUGUCUCUGUGUGUCUAUCUGUAUGUAUGUCUGUGUCUGCAAGUAUGUAUGUCUACGUGUAUGUUUGUGUGUGUGUGUGUGUGUGUGUAUGUAUAUAUCUGUGACGGUAGUCACCAUCACUGGGGAUGGAAGACACACUAUGGGUGGGCUCCCAAAUUCCUUUUGUGUUUUGUCACAUUGUGCCUAUUAUUUGUGCAGGGUAUGUUGAAUGUAUUGUUGGUCUGUGCAUCUCCCCCUCCCCCCAUUUUCCUGUCCUAUUGUUUCCCCAGCAGGGUGUUGUCCCAGGGACACUGCCAGACCAGUUUAAACUAGCUGUUCUGUCCCUCAUCAAUCUCCCAUCAGCCCUUGCUAUUGUCUGACCCCACCCUUCCUUGUACUAUAGUAAUCUAUGUAACGUAUUGUAUGUAAAUGAGGCUGUUGGGGGCUUAAACUAUGUGUGCUGUAGUCAUUAAAGAGUUGCUGUUUAACCUUCACCAUGUGUCGUCUGGUGUUUGGUCCAGGGUGGAAAAGGCCCUAAGUGAUCCCAGUCAAGCCUCGGCAUAUGGGUCUGAAGUGUUUCAGGGUCCCUGAUAGCUACAAGGAAGCAGAUGUGGCGGAGGUACUCAGUCGGAGUACUGGAGCUCCGUUACAUUGGUUGGCAGUGGUGGGAUGGCUUCCUAGCAGCUGUAGAAACGUCCCUGGACAUUGGCGCCUCUACUGGGAUCCCACUGUGCUUUCUGGAAUUCAUGGAAAUGGAUAGAGCUAGCACCCGUGCAGCAUCCCCAUCUGAGGAGGAGUUACAGUGGAGGCUACUGUCCCAGUACGAUGGCCCUUUCUUAACAAAGGGUGUACUGGACCGACGGAACUCGAUCCGUCGGGAUCUCUGGAACAAUGUUCUUGAUGUCUCCGGGGAGAAUGCCUCCCAACCAUUAUGCAACGAUUUUGGGAUCAAGUUGAUUUGCGGAUGCAAUUCUUGGGAGAGCAGCCUCUGGCGGAAUGGGUGUUUAAAUUAGAGGAGCUGGUACAGAAAGAAUUGUGGCUGGAUGAUUCUUACCGGGCCUUAAGGUGGUAUGCAGUCCAGCAGUACCCAUUUCUAGCAGAUGAUGACCCUCCAGAGGAUGAGGACUAAGAUGGCCCUGGCCUAUUGUGGGAGGCCUUUGAGGAUAAAAUUGAAUUGGAAAGUCCUGAGAGAUCCUGGCUUUAUGACAUUAGGGAAAAUAGGGAACACCUACUGGAUCUCUCAGAAGCAACUGACCUGGAACCUGAUUUGACCCACCUGGCCACUAUGAAAUGGGAGCUUGAAUUGGAUUACAAGCAAUUGUUUGACUCUGCUUAGCAGCAGGUACCAGAGACUGGGGAUUUAAUAGACCUCACAUCUGAAUAUGUUGGUCAUGUAGAUGUGGAAGGAACCGUAUUCUCCACACCUGAAUCACAGGGAUACUGGGCAGCCAUCCCAGAUCUCCCACCUCCUGGCAUGGAAACUCAUGCAGCAGAGGUAGAGGUUGUCGGUCCCCCCCUUCAGCAGCAGAUUGAGUUACUGGGAAUAGUGGUAGUCGAUCUCCCUCCCCAGCUGAAGUUUGCGUUACAGGAAGAGGAGGCAGUUGGUCUUUUUCCCCAGCGGCAAAAUGUAACCCCAGCAGAAGAGCUGGCAUCAGGACAGAGGACAACUGGCCUCUGCCCCCAACCUGCAGCAACGCCGGAAGUUGAGAGCAGGGAGGACAGCCUUUUAGUGAUGGUGGAACUUGAGGAGCACCCCAGCUGAAGCGCUGGCAUUGAGUCAGAGCACUGCUGGCCUCUGUGCCUAACUUGCAAUGACGCUGGAGUUGAAGAGCAGGGAGAUCAACCUUCUAGUAAAGGUUCAGUUCAAGGAGUGCGCAACUCCCCUAGCUGAAGUGCUAGCAUCGGGGCAGAGCUCCACUUGCCUCUGCCCAAACCCACUAGGAACCCGCGAGCCUCAGGCAUCAGACACUGCUGGUCCCACGGAAGAGCGGAUCCCAGAGCAAAGCAUGGCUAACCUCAGCCCUUUGCCACAAGCACUGGGGGAUCUCUAUCCAAUACAAUUGGAUGGGACUCUGGUCUCUACCUGUAGUCCCCAGGAAGGCUGGACAGUGAGCUCCAAUCCCCAACCCCAUGUCAGAGGGGGCCCAGCCACCUUGCCUUCCCUCCAGCGGGAAGAGAGAUCCAGGGAGACAGGACAGUGGGCACGCAUCGCCAGGUAUAUGCUCUAGUAGAUGCAGAGGUCGGCUGGGUAAGUGCUGCUCUUCCAUGGGCAAUUUGUUUGGGAUACCGAUUCGGUAAUGGCCUUGAUUAUCUGGAUGUAGUCACUAACUUCAGAAUCAACUCGUCUGGGGUCUCCUGUAUUGGUCUCCUUCUGAAGGGCGAGAAAUAUGCUGGAAACUAUUCUGAGCUGGAGAUACAGGGAUCCAGAAUUGCUAUUGGGAUCUAUGGGGGUCACAGUGGCCCCCUAAGAGUGGAGUCAUAUGGGGAUAGGUUUGAGUUUGGGAAGGGGGCCAUGGCAGAUUCACUGGGAACUCCCUUUCUCCACUUCCAAGUCCCCUCUUAUGUCUAAGUCACCCUGUGCUUAUUAGAGGCACAGGGUGACCAAGAAGCCCAGUCUGGCUUGCCGAAACCAGACUUCCACAGAGUGAUCGGGUAUGCUCCCGACCGGGACAAACUUACAAACUAUGUGGAACUUUGUCGAGAGGGCUGCCAGGAUGGAGGGACUUUUUGGGACUUAUUACUCGACUAACUCAAGCACAGACUGAUUGGAGGUCUGGUACCUGGUUAGUCUACCUUUGGGGGGGAAGAUAUGUGACAGUAGUCACCAUCACUGGGGAUGGAAGACACACUAUGGGUGGGCUCCCAAAUUCCUUUUGUGUUUUGUCACAUUGUGCCUAUUAUUUGUGCAGGGUAUGUUGAAUGUAUUGCUGGUCUGUGCAUCUCCCCCUCCCCCCAUUUUUCCUAUUGUUUACCUAGCAGGGUGUUGUCCCAGGGACACUGCCAGACCAGUUUAAACUAGCUGUUCUGUCCCUCAUCAAUCUCCCAUCAGCCCUUGCUAUUGUCUGACCCCACCCUUCCUUGUACUAUAGUAAUCUAUGUAACGUAUUGUAUGUAAAUGAGGCUGUUGGGGGCUUAAACUAUGUGUGCUGUAGUCAUUAAAGAGUUGCUGUUUAACCUUCACCAUGUGUCGUCUGGUGUUUGGUCCAGGGUGGAAAAGGCCCUAAGUGAUCCCAGUCAAGCCUCGGCGUCUGGGUCUGAAGUGUUUCAGGGUCCCUAAUAGCUACAAGGAAGCAGACUUGGCGGAGGUACUCAGUCAGAGUACUGGGGCUCCGUUACAAUAUCUAUCAGUAUGUAUGUCUGUAUGUAUCUGUGUAUGUAUUUGUGUAUGUAUGUACGUCAGUGUGUGUGUGUGUCUGUAUGUCUGUGUGUGUGUAUCUGUGUAUGUCUGUUUCAGUAUUUGUGUCUGUUAGUAUGUGUAUCUUAGUAGUAGUAGUAGUAGUGUGUGUAUCUUCCUGUGUCCUUUUGUGUCGGGGUGUGUGUGUAUUCCUGUGGGUGGGAUUUGGAGGCGGGGCCCCGGACCUUGAGCUAUGUUAGGGGACCCACAAUUUCUGAUGGCAGCCCUGACUAUAUAGUCACCAGAACAACUACAGCAAGCAUGUCAAACGAGCCGCGAGUACAUGCAGGUGUUAUAGCAGAGUAGGCACCUGCUUUUGCCUACUCUGCUAACACUUACCCGGCCGGGGAGGAAGGGAAGGUGGAUGCAGCAAAGGAGCUCAGCCUUCCUGCUCCUCACUGCUCCCUCCCGCGCACCGUCUAAAGUGAAGCCGGGCACCGGAAUAUGAUGUCAUAUUCCGGCACCCCUAAACUGCGCGCGAGGGAGCAGGAAGGACCCCAGGGAGAGGCCCCACAUCGGCUCCAUAAGGUAAGACGCAAUUAAAGUGUUUGUGUGUGUGUGUGUGUCUGUCUGCAAGCAUGUUUGUGUGUCUGUCAGUGAGUAUCUGUGUGUCUGUCAUUGAAUAUGUGUCAGCGGGAGGAUCAGAUUUGGCACAAGGUGCUGUGGGGGGAGCUGUGGUUUAGUAGAGGGGGAUGCUUUUUUUUUUUUAUACUGUACUUUUUAAAAUAAACCCAAGUUUCAUUGAAAAUGUACGUUUUUGGGGUUUUUUUUGCGGCCCACAUAAACUUAAACCUUGUUUAUGUGGCCCAAUCCAGACUUUGAGUUUGACAUGCUUGAACUACAGCUUAUUGAAUUUGUUCUGGUGAGUAGAAUCAUUCCCUUCAGGGUUUUUGCUGUAAACACAGUCUUUUCAGAGAAAAUGCAAUGUUUACAUUACAGCCUAGUGAUAACUUCACUGGCCACUCCUCAGAUGGCUGUUAGAGAUCCUUCCUGGGUCAUGGCUGCAUAAAAUGCAUCCAAACAUUUAGUGUCUCCACCCUCUGCAUGCAGACACUGAACUUUCCUCAUAGAGAUUCAUUGAUUCAAUUCAUCUCUAUGAGGAGAUGCUGAUUGGCCAGGGCUGUGUUUGAAUUGUGCUGGAUCUUCAUCUUUCUCAGUCUCAGCCAAUCCUAUGGGGAAGCAUUGUGAUUGGAUCAGGCCACCACUUCUGCUGAUGUCAGCAGGCAGUGGGCAGGUCAAAAGGAAACCGUGACAAAGCCUGCAUCUUCAGGUUUGAAUACAAGUAAGAUUUUACUAUUUUAGGGAGGCAUGAGGAGGACAGGGCGGCUAGAUGGUUGUUUUAACCCUACCUGGUCAGGAAUACAUGUUUGUGUUCCUGAUUCUAUAGUGCUCCUUUUACUCUCUCAAAAAUCCCUCCCACAGCCCAAGUUCUAGCCAAUUUGUAACUAUAAUUAUUGGCUUUCAGGUUAUACAAAGCUGGCUCACAGUUUAGUGAAAAGCCACAGACCGUGCAAGUCCCGUUUACAGGUUGGCUCUCAUUUUCUACUGUGCAUAAGACUGCUGUUGUAAAACACUCUUGCAAAAGAGUGUUCAGGGGAUUCUAAGCAACAUGCACUUUGCAGUAACGGCAAGAGCUUAUGAUUAUUCGACAUAUCCUUUAAUAACUGUGUGUCAAAUAUUUCAUGAAUGUUUUCGACAACCAGACCUAUUUAAAAACUGCCCUUAUAAAGUCUAUAUAUUAUGCAUGCUUACAUACACGAACGCCCUGUUUACGGAAAACUUUGAGGUUAUGUUUUGUAAUAACUCUAUCUUGUUCCAUAGGACUAGGAAAAUUUGUUACCCAAAAGACCAAGAAUGUAGAGAGAGAAAAUUGGGAUAUUCUGAAAGAAGUCUAGACACACAGACUGGAACUUUUAGAGAUGGAUUGCAAGAGAUGGCAAAACCAAAACCAGCUUGGAUCCCUGCAGACCGAUUGGUCUCUACCAAUAUCAGCACCUCACAACUGGAAAAUGAGUCUUCAGAGAUAUUAUUCCUGGAUUUUGAGUCCCUCAGUUUUAUAAAAGAGGACGAAGACAGUGCAAGUGAUCUCUCAGACUCUGAGCGUAUUCUCAUCCCUCCUUCCCCUCGCUCACCCCCAGAGCUGAACCUGCAGGCAGAGAAAAUUGAGCCAGGCUAUUUUGAUCAUUGUUUUGCAGAAGAUGGGGACUAUAAUUUCCCAGAUUUUCUGCCGCCACCUUUUAAUUCUUGGAACUUGCCCCAUCUAGCAACAUUUGUUAACAGUGAGGGCAAUCCUAUCUUACCAACUACAGGAUCUGGAUUUUUGGAGAGGUACAUAGACCGUCUCCUCCAGUUGGAAUGGCUUCAGAUGCAAACGGUGCAAGCAGAAAAAUUAAAAGGCAGUAAGCUAAGGCCUCAGACAGCCACUGGCAUGCCUGCAAAAUCUCCGGGAAAAAUAAAGCCAUUGCAUACACCACUACGCGUUAAGGAAACUACAGUUGCAGAACAUGUUAAAAGUACAGAUGCUCGAGAAAACCGUUGUAACAAAGGGAAUUUUCACCAUGACGUUCUUGCUGCUGAAAGAUUUACAAGGUCAAGUCCUAUAGAAGGGUUAUCUUUUGCUCGAAAACAAGAUGUAAGAGUUAAGAAGAGACCGGUUAUGAGCUUUCCGCAAAAGAAAGUAUUGCCAACCCUGGAAACCAACUCAAAGAUUCAGAGUCUUGGUAAUGUUAGGCCUCAAAAACAAGUUCAGUUCUCUCAUGGUACAGAAAGCACUUCAAAGCUUUUUAAAUCCAGCUUGUCCAGUAAUCUGCGAAGCAAUAAACUUUCCUCAAGCAACCGUGAUCUCUCUGCUCCUUCUGAAGCAGAACUGAAGUUUAAAGUUCGCUCUAUCAGAGUUUCCUCUUGUAAAGGGAAACCUAUUUAA